ACGAUAACAACAGGACUUUCUCCGCACUCGAAGGCGGCCAUUGACCUCGCCGUGUCGCGUCAGCAGCCAAUCAGGACAAACGUUUGAGUUUACGCAGUUUUCGUAAACGUGGACUCUUGCGUAAAUGACGUAAUCUACACUGCAGUCUCUCCAGCGGACGCAGUAGCAGAAAGCAAGCACGCCAGGCUCAGCACAUCUUUACUUGCCACCAUCCAGCUAGCAAACAAAGGCAAAAAGCCCCGAUGGCAGCAGCAUCCUACCCGCUUGACCCAGAUCUAAUGAGAGAGGUCCUUGAAUGUCCCAUCUGCUUGGAGACCUUCAACGAGGACCAAAUGAGACCCAAACUCCUCCAGUGCGGUCACACCGUGUGCCGCCAUUGCCUGGAGAGGUUGUUGGCCAACACCAUCAACGGUGUGCGCUGCCCCUUCUGCAGCAAGGUCUCGCGCAUGAGCAACAUCUCGCAGCUGGCCGACAAUCUCACGGUGCUCAAGAUCCUGGACUGCACGACGUCGGGCGGAGCCUCCGCCGCCGCCGCCAUCCUAAUGUGCGGGUCCUGCUGCAGCCGCCUGCCGCGACACUACUGCCGCGAGUGCGCCGCCGUCCUUUGCGAGCUCUGUAAAGGAGAGGGCCACCGACACCGCGGCCAUUCCGUUCAGCCUAUUCGGAUGGCCGCCGAGCAACGUCGGAAAGAACUGGGCGCCAAACUGUCGGCCUUACGCGACGUCAUGGGCGAAAUCCAGAAGCGAAAGAUGGCUCUUGAGAACAUUACCAAAUCGCUCAAAGCAAAGUACAGAGCGGUGCAGCAGGAUUACACGGCGGCCGAGCUGCAACUUCAAGAGGAGCUGAGCCGCUCUCGAAGGACAUUUACUGCCUCGAUGGCGGAGGUACAAAAGCUUAACGGGCGGGCCCUUGAAGAGCAGACGUACCUCCUGAACAUUGCGGAGGUGAAGGUGGUCUCGUGCUGCGACUAUCUGACCAUGCGGGUGAGGCAGAGCGACAUCAGCUUGCUCAGGGACGACGACGGAGCCGGCUGUGAGGACGAGGAGCUCAACCUCCGGAGCGACUUGCCGGCCGCGUUUCAGCUGCACGAGCCGCAGUUGAUCCCGACGGAACCCUCCAAGCCGGUCGAGGUGGCGCAACUGACCACAAGCGCGUACACGGCCAAUACCGACGAUUUGGAUUGCGCUUUGGACGUUGCGCCCAAGGGCGACGUGGAGGGUCGAGACGGGGCUGCGGGCGGAGCAAAGGGGCCUCCCAUGGAUCUUUACCGAGACGUCGACAUGGUCGCGGCAGUGGAUGACGCUCCAAGUAGCUCACCGUGCACUUUUAAAUCCAAGUCGAUGGACGCAGGGGGGGAAUCGCAGGGAGGGGCGUGCGCGGGCCCCCCCAUGUGCCAGUUUGUGAAGAAGAUGGGCUGCAAGGGAGCUCUUCCCGGUUCUUUCAAUCUACCGGUGAGCAUCUGCGUGAGCCAGCAAGGCGAGGUCCUCGUGGCGGACCGCGGCAACUACCGCAUCCAAAUCUUCAACCGCAAAGGUUUCCAGCGUGAAAUCCGCCGCAACGCCGGCGGCAUCGACAACUUUGUCCUGAGCUUCCUGGGCGCCGAGCUGCCCAACCUCAUGCCCUUGUGCAUCGCCGUGACGCCGCAGGGCCUGAUCGGCAUCACCGACAACUACGACAACUCGGUCAAAGUGUACGCCAUGGACGGGCAGUGCGUGGCCUGCCACAAGAACCAGCUCAUCAAGCCCUGGGGCAUUACGGCGACGCCCUCGGGCCAGUUUGUGGUGUCGGACGUGGAGGGCGGCAAGCUGUGGUGCCUCGCCGUGGACCGCAACCUCGGCGUGGUGAGCUACAGCCGGCUGUGCUCGGCCGUGCGGCCCAAGUUUGUGACGUGCGACGCCGCCGGCGUCGUCUACUUCACCCAGGGCCUGGCGCUCAACUUUGAGAAACGCCACGACGAGCCCCACCUGGAAGGGGGCUUCUCCAUCGGCUCGGUGGGCGCCGACGGCCAACUGGGCAAGCAGCUCAGCCAUUUUUUCUCCGAGUCGGAGGACUUCUGCUGCAUCACCGGCAUGUGCGUCGACGCCAACGGGGAUCUGCUGGUGACGGAUAGCGGCAGGAAGGAGAUCUUGCAGUUUCCCAAAGAAGGAGGGUUUCAAGUUCUCAUCCAGGAGGGACUAAAUUGCCCAGUGGGCGUGGCCACCACCCCUAAAGGGCAACUCUUGGUGCUGGACUGCUGGGACCACUGUGUCAAAGUCUACACGUAUAUUCAAAGAAGGCACUCGUCCACCUCCUAGAGCCGUGAACCGCACCGAGCGCGAAAGCAAGCAUCGAGAUCUUUUG